AGGGCAUCCCAGAUGAGUAGAUUGCUGUAAGCUAAAGGGUCUUGAAAUGGCUCCCAGAGGCUGGGAUUGUGAAUAAUAAUCAAAUCAAUUUAAGAAUAGUUACACCUAAUCCAGAUCCUGGGACUACUUCAAAAUAGCUUUCUUUAUCCUCCAGGACAAUAAUUUACCUGCCUUUUCCCCCUGCAGGACACGUCAUAUUCAUGCUGCUCUUUCAUUGGCUGUCGCACUAUUUUGGCGCGAGUUGAGACACAGCAGAUUCUGGAGCCGCAUCACUAACGUACAGGUUCGGCAUUGAAUUCAUCGUGAAAAUGAUCGGACAGAAAAGCAUCAAGUCAUUUUUCUCACCCACCAGUAAGAAAAGAGCCCUCGCUGAGCUGCCAGAGGACGUGUGUGAUGGUAAAAAGCUGAAAGCUGGGAGUGAGGGGCCGCUCAGUCCGGAGCAGUUGGAGCGGAUCGCCAGGAACAAAGCAGCAGCACUGGAGAGACUUUCCUCCGGCCGCGGGGCUGCUGGAGUCGGGGAGAGCUGGCGGAGAGCUCUGGGGCCCGAGUUCAACAAACAAUACUUCACAUCGUUAAUGAACUUCGUCGAUAAUGAGAGGAAGAAGUGCACAGUGUAUCCGCCUAAAGAGCAGAUGUUCACAUGGACACACAUGUGCCAGAUUGAAGAUGUGAAGGUGGUUGUUCUGGGUCAGGAUCCCUAUCACGGACCAAAUCAGGCUCAUGGCUUGUGUUUCAGUGUACAGAGACCCGUUCCUCCUCCGCCCAGCUUGGUGAACAUGUAUAAAGAACUGGAGUCAGACAUAGAAGGCUUUCAGCAUCCUGGCCAUGGUGAUCUGACAGGAUGGGCAAAGCAAGGUGUUUUGCUGCUGAAUGCUGUGUUAACUGUGCGAGCACAUCAGGCAAACUCGCAUAAAGAUAAAGGGUGGGAGACUUUCACGGAUGCUGUGGUGCAGUGGCUAAGCUCUAACCUGGAGGGGCUGGUCUUCAUGCUGUGGGGCGCGUACGCUCAGAAGAAAGGUGCUGCCAUAAAUAGAAAACAACACCAUGUCCUGCAGACCGUUCACCCAUCUCCACUUUCUGCACAUCGUGGCUUCUUUGGAUGCAAACAUUUCUCAAAGACCAAUGAGCUGCUGCUGAAAUCCGGGAAAAAGCCCAUAGACUGGAAAGCACUGUAAGUUUAUAGAGAGCGGACAACAAUUAAGCUGAACGUUUGUUUCAAAGUUGUACACUAUUUUACACUGGACCGUUUCUCCAGGUCUUUCUUUCUUGUUCUUUUUUCCUCUUAGAAAGAAAAUGUUUUCACAAAAACAGUAUUUUUAUAGAUUCAUAUAGUUUAUAAUUGAAUGUUGUCUUUUUUUUGCUGAACUACUACAUUA